AUGGAUUUUGUAGCUGCUUUUGGUUUUCUUUUCUUUGGUUUCACCAUCUUGUUCUCUUUGUUUUCUUUCUUGAUCUAUGUUUUGAGGCAGAAACCAUGGUGUAAUUGUGAUGUUUGCAAGACCUAUCUUUCUGCAAGCUGGACCAAAGAUUUUGCUAAUCUUUGUGAUUGGUAUACUCACCUUCUUAGUGAAUCAAAAACUGGUACUAUUCAUGUCCAUGUUCUUGGCAACAUCAUCACUGCUAAUCCUGAUAAUGUUGAACACAUGCUCAAGACAAAAUUUGAGAACUACCCAAAAGGGAAGCCUUUCUCUGCUCUCUUGGGUGAUCUUUUGGGCAGAGGUAUUUUUAAUGUUGAUGGUGAUUCUUGGAAGUUCCAGAGGAAAAUGGCAAGCUUGGAAUUAGGGAGUGUUUCGAUAAGAGUGUAUGCUUUUGAUCUCAUAAUGACUGAGAUUCGUACCAGGCUAAUUCCCCUCUUGUCAUCAGUAACUGCUACACAGCAAGUUUUGGAUUUGCAAGAUGUGUUUAGAAGAUUUUCUUUUGAUAACAUUUGCAAAUUCUCUUUUGGGUUGGACCCCGGAUGCCUCGAGUUAUCCUUGCCUAUUUGCAAAUUUGGAGAAGCUUUUGAUGCUGCAUCAAAGUUAUCUGCUGAGCGAGCCCAAUCGCCAUCACCAAUAGUUUGGAAGCUCCAGAGGCUACUGAACAUAGGCUCAGAGAAGGAACUCAAAGAAGCAAUCAAGAAGGUGAAUGACUUAGCUGAGGGAAUGAUAAAUCAAAGGCGGAAAGCAGGCUUCUCUAAGAGCAAUGAUUUGUUAUCAAGAUUCAUGGCAUCCAUAACUGAUGAUAAAUAUCUCCGAGACAUUGUUAUAAGCUUUCUCUUAGCCGGUCGUGACACCGUUGCUUCAGGCCUAACCAGUUUCUUCUGGUUACUAUCACAACAUCCAGAAGUAGAGUCAGCAAUUCGAGCGGAGACAGAAAAAGUCAUGGGGUCUGAUCAAGACCUUCCUAGCUUUCAAGAAAUGCGUGAAAUGCAUUACCUAAAUGCUGCAAUUCAUGAAAGUUUGAGAUUGUACCCACCAGUACAAUUUGAUUCUAAGUUUGCUCAAGAGGAUGAUAUACUUCCUGAUGGUACAUUUGUUCCUAAAGGGACUAGGGUGACAUAUCAUCAAUAUGCAAUGGGUCGAAUGGAGCAGAUUUGGGGACCAGAUUGUCUUGAAUUCAAGCCUGAAAGAUGGUUACAGAAAGGAGUUUUUGUCCCCGAAAACCCUUUCAAGUACACUGUUUUUCAUGCUGGGGUUAGAAUUUGCUUAGGCAAGGAAAUGGCCCUUGUGGAGAUGAAAGCUGUUGUUCUUGCAAUAAUCCGAGGGUUUAAUACUCGGGUUGUGGAUCCGAUUCAAGUACCAAGGUUCAGCCCGGGUUUUACAGCCACCGUUAGAGGUGGCUUACCGGUUGUGAUCCAAGAAAGGGAAGCCUGA